AUCUUCUCUAGCAACCAAGUUAUCCACCAAGUAGCCGAGAGGCAAUCUGAACAGCAGACAGCUACCGCCCUGUACGCGGUAAACCCCAUUCACCUCUCCGCGCCCGAACAUCCACCCAUCAUUCUCUGGCCGUCUGUCUCGACAAGUCUUUCUCGCGUCCAUUCCAACACAAACGCGUUUUUGAUCCGUCGCAAACGCAUCCAGGAUUUCAAGUUUACACUUCACAUCGGCUACACCUCCAUUGGGUUUGAACUCUUUGUCAAUCAAAACCUUUACGUUAGGUCUCUUUCUUCGGCUCGCCGAAAACCAGGCCAUUUCACCUUGUCUGUGCGCCCACCUGUCAUCUUGCCCUCUCAUCCAACUUGCCGAACAGACGACAACAUAGGCCUUUAACAUGCCUUACCGUAUUGAGGUUUCCAAAAACAACCGUGCCGGUUGCAAGGACUCGGUCUGCAAGAAGGAAGCAGUCAAGAUCACCAAGGGCGAGCUCCGUCUCGGAACAUGGGUUGAGAUCAACGAGCAUGGCGGCUGGCAGUGGCGUCAUUGGGGCUGUGUCUCGGGAGAGCAGAUCCUGAAUAUGCGCAACAUGCUCGAUAAGGACGGCACUGGCGACUAUCAGUGGGAUAUGCUUGACGGGUGGGAGGAGCUUGAAGAGUUCCCCGUGCUGAGGGAGAAGGUUCAGCGGGUCAUCACUCAGGGACACAUCGACCCCGAGGACUUCAAAGGCGACCCCGAAAUGAACAUACUCGGUCAGAGAGGCAUCCACUCCAAAAAGAAGAAGGCUAAGGCAUCCGAGGACGACGAGGAGGAGGACACCAAGCCUGCUGCCAAAAAGCCCGCCGCUAAGCGUGGCCGCAAGAAGGCCGAUGCCGAUGAGGACGAUGAGGAGAAGCCCCCUGCUAAGAAGGCCAAGAAGGCCGGAGGCAAGACUGCUACCGUCAAGAAGGAGGAAAGUGAUGUCGAGGAGCAGGAGGCCGAAGAGGAGAAGCAUAUUACCAAGGUCAAGGGCAGGGGUAAGAAGGCUGCUGCCGCCGUCAAGAAGGAGGAAAGCGAUGCCGAGGAUGUCAAAGAGGAGAAGCUUGCUACCAAGGCCAAGCCUAGAACAAAGAAGGCCGCCGCCCCGGCAGUGAAGAAGGAGGAGAGCGACGUUGAAGACGUCACGGCUGUUGAUGAGAUCCCUGCCAAUGAAGAGAAGCGGGCGAAGCCCGAACCUCCUGCCAAGAAGAAGGCCACCAGGGCUAGACCGCCGCGCGCAGCUCGCAAGGCUGCCAUCAAGGAGGAGAGCAGCGACAAAGAGGAUGAAGACGAAGAAGAGGAGGAGGAGAAAGAGAAGGAAGUCCCGAAGAAGAAGGGCAAGGCUGCCGCUGCCGCCAAGGGCAAGGGCAAGAAGGCGAAGAAGGCUCCUUCACCUGAACCCGAGUCUGAACACGAGUAUGCUCAGCAAAGCGAGGAGGACAACGAUGAUGACAACGAUGUCAACGGGGAGUCUGAUGCGGCGGAGGUGGAGGAAGAAGAGAAGGAAGAGAAGCCUGGUCCAAAGGCGAAGAGAGGGGGCCGCAAGGCAGCUGCCGAAAAGCCGGCUGUUAAGAAGCGUGGCAAAAAGGCGUGAGAGGGUUGAAGCUGUUGAUGUUAUCUUUUUCGGUGUUGAGCAGCAGCAGCAGCGAGCAGACCUGCCUAUGCAGUGCUUGUUUCAUGCGAUGCCAUGUGGUUCAGAGAGUGCGGCGGCGCAAGAUGCCAGUAAAUGUUGGCAUGGGUUUUGUUAUUUCGGUCAGACAUCUCGAGACGUUCUCUCUUUCAGUCAAAGGGCUGGCUGGAUCUAGAUUACUGUGUCAAAA